AUGUAUGAGGAACGUACCUGCUACCUGUCAACUGCCUUUUGUGUCAAGCUCGGUUUUUUGCGGCAGCAGGCACUGAGACGCAUGGCCAGAGCACCAAUUGUGUGCUGGGUGCUCUUGGCGUUGAUAGUUCCGAUUUGCUCCCUGCAGACUCUGCAGGACUACUACUGCAAAGGGAACCAAAUCACAGGGCAGGACUGCCCUCACGACCCGCCAAAGGAGGAAGGUCUCAGCCUUCCUCCUCAGCCCCCCUCCCCGCCCUUGCCCAGCGGACAAUGGAAAAUCAAACGCAAGUUCCAAGAGGACUUUUUGCCGCCAACCACGCUGCUUGUGAUUCCACACUCAGAAACGUGGCUGAUUGACAAGAGCGUCACCAAGAUUGAGUCGCGCUGCAUUAUAGUCAGGGGCGCGCUCAUUGCGGCGAGCUGGCAGCGUGGCGCAGCAGGCGUGCUCCCCUUUGCAGGGAACCUGGAGAUAUUGCUCAAUGAUGAGCUGCCUCUGCCAUCAGACCCGCUUCCUGACGAGUGUCAACAAGAUCACUUCCACAGCGGGCGGUGGGAUGUCACGCAGGAUAACCCUGCCACGUUGGCAGUGGCGAAGGACGGCCAACUCUUGCUCAAGGGCAAGGACCAGGAGCGCACGUGGACCACGCUAGCGGCACCUGCCGCCAAGGGCAGCGCUACGUUGACGGUCAACGAGGACUUGGCGGAUUGGGGCACAGAGGCUGUGGAGGUGGUUCUGGGCUCCACAGACUUCGACCCAAAGUACACGGAGACCUUGCUUGUGAAGGUGAAUCCAUCCAACUCCAAGGAGCUUCAGGUUCAGUCAUCGACAGUCCAAUGGUAUCACCACGGCUCCGAGCUGUCUGACACAAUUGAUGUUGAGCGUGCUCCUGUGGGGCUUCUCACGCACAACAUCAAAAUUGUGGGAAAGACAGAGACGGGUGCUCACAGCGUUGCUUUUCCCGGAUUCGACAGCACCGUGGUGAGUGGCGUGGAGUUCAGGAACAUGGGCAGGAAACAUUUGGGCAACUACCCAUGGCACUGGCACAUGACUGGGGAUCUCUCCACCGGUGUCGAGCGUGCGAUAUUCGACGGAAAUUCGAUUCACGAUUCCAUCUUCCGCUGCUUAUCUAUUCACCAGACGAGCGGUACCAAAGUCAGAAACAAUGUAAUGUACAACAUUAGUGGCCACUGCGUCUACAUUGAGGAUGGCAUUUGGGAAGAGAACAAUGUAAUCAGCAAGAACCUCGUGCUGGGGGUGAAGUCGGUCCGCGAGCAGUUCCACCAUGGAGUGGAGACAUCAGAUAUGCUGACGGUGCCGGGUGAAGGUGGUGGCUCACCCCUCAGCCAAUCCUGGGUUGCCAGCUUUUGGAUCAAAAGCCUGAAGAACACCAUCCAGGACAACUGGGUGGGCUCAUCCUUCGGGGUGGGCUUUUGGACUGCACCAUGUAAUUUCGUCGGGGCGAUCAAUACGCCCCGUGAUAUGUGGCAGGGGUUGCCUACCUUUCCCGCGUUUGCGGCAACCCUCGGCUUCCAUCAGCAGUUCCAAGGCUUCGAGGGCAACACGAUGCACUCCAUCCGCGUGGGCUUUUUCAACGACGGUGCUAAGAACUUCAACCCAACAUUCCGGUCACCACCCACGGUGACACCCCAGAUAACGUCUUCAGAAGAGAGAUCUCGGUGCCGGUGGGGAGGGACGGGCGAAAAGAUCGAUGUGCUGAAGGCCUUUUCUGUUGAGGAUUUGACAGUCUUCAAGUCUCAGGAGGUAGGCUUCUGGGUCCGAGCCGCGCGGGUCACCUUCAUUGGAGGGACCUGGUCUGACACGCGGAACGGCAUCGAGACCCUACAGGGUGGUACCCAGCCGGAGGGCCGCGGGGUCUACCGGAGAAUGACAUUCAUCGGGUAUUCUGCAAACAAAGGCAAUGUGGAUGACACGAGCCUUCUAGAGUGCGAAACCUGCACUGAUGCAACGUGCAAGGAUGCGACCCAGUGCAAAUCCCAGGACAUUGAUACAACUCGCACCCCAGGAGGUACACGGGUGAUGUCCAAUGCCCGGCAUGCCACAGAAGACACCUACGAGUACAACAAUUGGUACCCACCACUCCACGUGAGUUUUGUUCUUUACGAUGGUCCUGACGUCUUCUUGGGAACUGGGAACAGGCCACAAGAUCAGUCGACGUACUGGAACUUUGAUGACGAGAGGUACUGCUUCGCCGCCCCCCGCAGGGCGCCAACGAUCUUCUUGAUGACGCCAGCGACUGGCUGGGCAGACCUGCCUGGGGACCUGGCCAGCCAGACUCCGCCGGAUUCGGAUAAAGUGAAAAGGCCCACCGUGGAAGACAUGCUGUGCAUGGUGUACCCAAGGAAGGUAUUUCCGCUGGCAGAGGACCAGUCAGAGAAGGAAAAGGAAUCGAACCUUGUUCUGGAUGACAACCGCAGAAACAUGGUUCUCGCCAUUGGCAGCAACACGUACACCCCGACGGCGCAGCCAAUCCUUGCAAGAGACAACGGCUUCUACACGAGCAUCAGCGGCAUCACUUGCGCAGACUUCCGGCCCGAAAGCAACACGGUGGUCUUCCGGAAUAAGGGCGGGCUAGCCCUUUGCCACGGCAAGAAGAUGAUUGGGGCCCAGAUCCGCACAUUCUUUGUGGACGGCCACAGCGCUGACCCGGGUAUGGACUACUUAAUCAAAGUCACAAGCCAAACCGGGAAGAGCUCCACUUUUAGUGGGGCCUUCCAGAACGCAGGAAAGCAGCUGUCCAUCCCGGUCUACGUCGGGGAAAGAUACAUCAUCCAGUACAGCCAACCCUUCAACGGAGCAUUCAACAAGAAAGCCUAUUCUGACAUUGCGAAGCUUGGUUUUCUGGCCCUCUUCCACGCAGACAAAGGUGACUGGGUUGAGUUUGAGAUCGAAGGCGUCCCAGAACAAGCCUGCGACAGCACAAGCUUCAAGUUUGCAGACCAGAAUGCACAAGUGCCUGAUCAGCCUGCUCGCUUGAUGUACCUCAAGUACAACCCAGAAGAUACGGCGGGCAUCAACUUUCAAAACGUGCCUGAGGCGGAUUCCUCCAACCAGAACAAGCAAGCAGUGUUCAAGGUUGAAGAUGGGAAGUGCAUCCUGAGACUUACCGAGCAGAACACGCGGCCUUCGAAUGAUGACACAGCGGGAAGCUUCAAGUACGGCAUGUGCUACAGUCCUGACACGAUCACAGCGCAUCAAGAUGGGCUUUUUAGCUGUCCCAUGAUUUACUUUGACAACGAGGUAAUCAAGCAGGCCAUGAAUGUUCUUUGUGGCAGUGGCUGUGGGCCGGACGCAAGCAGUGAGCCGACUGCAGUGGUGGAUGCAACCAGUGUGCCGACUGCAGUUGCGCCGGCGGCUGUGGCGCCCAAGCGCCCGGACCUUCGCCGGCAUAGCUGGCGUGGCCGCCGCUGGCGCCUCUUGCAGCCUGACCAGCCUGAGCUUCAAGAACAUCCCAAAGCCAGGGCCAAAGGCUUUUUGGAGCCCCGCCUGGAUAUGAGUUCUUUGCUGCAGCUCGCGACCAACUCCGAGGCCUUGGAGACAUGCAGCGAAGAGGGCCUGUAG